AUUUGACGGCAAGCAAAUCUCAAAAAAUAAUAGAACUCGAUGGGAGCAAUGACAAAGAUUCUGAAAAUUUGUCAGAGGUCAGAAAUGUGAAAGAUACAAAUAGACCGUUCAUACUAAAGGAUAUAAAGAGAUUAGAAGAUUUGACAAACAAAUCACCAAAUCCAAACUUGGCUUUUAACUUGGUGAAUAUUUUAUAUGCGUACGCGUAUGCGUGCCGUAUUUUUAACGGUGACAUUUAUGAAAAUCCGGAAGAGUCGAUUCGUGUGAUAUCGUCAUUAUCCCCAAUCCUGAGUAUUAAUGAAAGUUUGAUGUAUGAAAGCGUGUCUCAGGCUCUUGCUAUAAGCAAUAGUAUUAUCCUCCAG